AUAACUGGUUUACGUGUCGCGAUUACCAACAAAAAUAUAGUGGUGGUUGUGAAAUGUUUGCUUCACUAACGUUAGCUAUUUUAUAUGUUUGAUACUUUAUUGCAGUUUGAAACAAGAAGCAGGGAAUGUGCAUGCACGACGAUGCAUGAAGUCUACUGAAUCUGGUGACUAUUUAAACAGAAGGCUUUAACAUUUGAAGAGAAAUGGCUAUAUGUUUAUUAGUUACUAUUUCGUUUUCCAAGAGCUGUCAGCGCUGAAGACUCCCAGUGAAGAAAGUCAGCCCUGAUGAUUUCACAUCUUGACACUUCAGUAGACAUCUGAUCCAAUGAACGCUACAGUGGGACUACACAGACUCAUACAAAAAUGAAAGGUAGAUCUCAGAAACCAAGAAAAAAGGAACCUAAAAAGACGCCAACGGAGAAAGUCACUUCAGACACGGUUUCAUCUCAAGCCACAGAGGAAUCGAAUGCUGUGUCAGGCAGUGAUGUUGCAAUUGUCAGCCAAUCCACUGCCAGUUCCUUACCAAGUACUCCAAAAAGAGACACGGGACAGACACAAGAAGCCUGCCUGACCUCCACACCAGUCCACAGUUCCUCCACUGACACCUGGUCCAACAUCUCAAGGUCCCCUCCCGGAACAAAACAAGCAGAGCUAGAGUACACUAACCUCGCCAAUCAGUUAAAGACAUCAGAGGUAGAUUCACCAUGCUGCCAAUUAAAAUCUCUAAGCAGAGGCAAGAGGGCUAAUGCUUCCCAGUCGAGACAAGUUAGAAAAAGGGUGCGAAAUGAGCAAACGCAGACCUGCAGUAGAACCAACGGUCUUCCAGCCAAGUGCCAGCGUGGCAGGACGCGGAAGGUGGAGACAGGGUUUUUACAAGAGGAUACCACUACUCAGUCGUCUGAACGCUCUAGACCAAGAUUUGAACUGGAGACGCCUGAUGCAGCAGAGCAAGAAGACCAGUCUUUGCUGUCCUCAGAUCUGUCAAUAGAGCUGAGUCACCAUGAGGAGCAGCUUCCAUCUUUGUCCUUCCAGGAAGAUGAGGGAAGUGCUGAUGAGGACGAGGAGGAGCUACCAAGUUUCUUGAUGCAGGUGGACAAAAAGCCUCCAUCCAUUACAGAAGGAGUGUUUGUGUGGUGCAAAUUUAGAUGUUAUCCAUUCUGGCCUGCAUUGGUAAAAAGUGUGAACCGUAAGCAGAAAAAAGCCAGUGUCAUGUUCAUUGAUGAUCCAUUUAUUCACAAAAAAGGGUUUACUGUGGCUCUGAAAACCCUGAAGCCUUUUGACUGUGAAGAAGCUAAUGAGCUAGUGUAUAAAGCCAAAGAAAAGUAUGCUUCUGCAAUUGAGUGGUCCUUGGAGCUCAUAACGGACUACAGGAUACGGAUAGCCUGUGGCUCAUUUUCUGGCUCCUUCAUCGAGUACUUUGCUCAUGACAUGAGCUAUCCAGUUAGGAGGCAGUACCCGCAGGCAGCCUCAGAGAGACUAACCAUCGCCAGCGAUGCAACGAUGGAGUCGCUGUGUGAAGAUCAUAAGGAGGACAGCUUUAGUAAACAGCAGGAGAAGGUCCGUAGGAGUUCAAAGAGGCUGCUGCCAGACCGGAGUCUUGCCGCCUACAACCGCGCUAAUGAGAAGCUCGUACAUUUCAUCGUGAAGCAGCGCAUGGUGGAAGGACGCCUUCUGGCUGUAAUCCAUGGGCAGCAGCAGUCCAGAUGGCUUCACUCCUUUCUGAGUGCCAGUCGGAAACCGGGGGUGAACAUAUACCUGGCAGAUGACCAGCAGUUGGACCAGGUCUACUUGUACCUGAAUGAGCUCUAUGCAACUGCUGUGGCUGCCACCCCUUGCCUGCCUAAGUUGACAUUUAUGGAGCAUGUCCCCUUUAUCCUGGAUGUUCUUCUUCCUGAGGCCAUCACCUAUGCCAUAGCUGGGGUGGACAAUGUGCCAGUAAAAAAGGCAGAAGAAAAGUACUUAAAAGGACGAUGUAUUAGUAACAGGGAAAGACAGGAGUUUGAGCGUUGGAGUGACAUGAAGAUAAAGCAUCAGAACACUUCACUUACAUUAGUAUCUGAUCCCAUCAGUUAGAAGACUGGGUAUUGUAAAACAGGAAACUUAUUUUAUUGAGAUUUUUUUUUCAAAUGUUUUUUUACAGGCAAUGUGGCAGUAUUUGUGUGCCUUACAUCAAUGAUAAAUCACAUUAUUUCAGACUAUUUUUGCUUUUUUUUUUAAGAUGCAAAACUGUAAAUGCUGGUUAAAAGCUGUUGAAAAGCUGGUGUUAAAACGUCUACAGUAAUAAUAACAAAUGUAAGUCACCAAACGCCUAAAUUGGCCGCUUACCUGUUUGCUGACAGUAUAUCCACUGCCAAAUUCCUCAUAUCUAUUCCUGUAUAUUAAAGAACUGAACUGUGCUUGUAUCUAUUACUGUACAUUAAAUAACUGAACUGUG